UUUCCAAAAUAAACGACUGGUAGUUUCCAUUCCGUGUUUUCGCUCUACUGUGAAGUUCUCGGUUAACAUUGUGUGUGUUGUGGUUUUAGGUCUUCCCGCCUUUCAAUGACUGCUGAUUACACGUGUUACAUGUUACAGAAAGCCAAGAAAGAUAGGAACAGAUAAAUUAUUAUAAAUGGCUUCCGAAGAUUGUGACGAUAUAUUUGGACGCCGAUAUCUUACAGAUGCUUCUGAUAUUUAUGAGUGGAAUGCUUGGGAUGACGUUCAGUGGACAGAAGAGCAGGAAAAUUUAGCAAAAGAAAUAAUACUUUUGAAUAGUACUGUUAGACUCCCAGAUGAUUCUCAAGAAAGAAUUGAGAUCCUUGCACAUGAAUACUGGGACAAGUUUUAUUCCCAUCAUGAAGAUAGAUUUUUCAAGGACAGAAAUUGGUUAGAAAAAGAGUUCUGUGAAUUAUUUUCUUCAACGUCACCUAGUGUGCACAUAAUGGAGGUCGGUUGUGGUGUGGGAAAUACAAUAUUUCCAAUAUUACGCGCUGUAAAGAGUCCUGGACUGUUGAUAUAUGCAUCAGAUUUCUCUGAAAAGGCUCUAUCUAUACUCAAAGAAUCCAAAGAAUAUGACGCUGAUCGUUGUAUUACUUUCCAGCAUGAUAUAACCAAAACUAAUGAUGAAAUCCCUUGUCCUAGAAAUAGUUUGGAUUUUCUAGUCUUAGUGUUCGUAUUAUCAGCAGUUAAUCCUGAAUUGUUUCACCGUACACUUAAAAAUCUUGUUACGUAUUUAAAACCCGGAGGUGUGCUGUUGUUUCGAGAUUAUGGAAGGUUUGAUUUAGCUCAGCUAAGAUUUAAAAAUGGCCAGUGUUUAAAAGACAAUUUUUAUAUGAGAUCAGAUGGGACAAGAGUUUACUUUUUCACUCAAGAUGAAUUACACAAAUUAUUUACGGACGUUGGUCUAGAAAAGAUUCAGAACAAGGUUGAUCGCAGAUUAAUCGUAAAUCGCAAAAAGAAGUUAAAGAUGUACAGAAUUUGGAUUCAGUGUAAAUAUAACAAGCUUUAGCCAUCACGUGAUUCCACAUAACUGCACAUGGUUGUAUAUGAAGACUUUGAAAAAGCCGAAAGAUAGGAAGAACAAAACAGUAUUCGAGUUAAAUAAAAAUGAAUUGUGUCAGGAUCUUCACGCUUCUAGCUAUUUAUAUAGCUGUUUCCUAUCAUGAUUAUAUUUUUAAAUUGAUGCUCUAUUCUGUCAAUCUACGGUUUGAGUUAUAUCGAUUCUUACUGUAACAGUCAUCAAUCAGAUGGAUUCUUUUGUUAUAAGAUAACCGAUCUAAUAACGUUUAACAAAUUAUAGAGACUUUUUCAAUCAAGGAGACACAAAUGGGUUCAAUUAAUGAUAAUAAAUGAGCUUUACAAACUAGGAUACAAGAGUUUGGUGAAUAGAUUCAGAGGAGCAAUCUGCUAGAGGCAUGAUUAUAAGAAUUAUUCUGAUUGUUAAUUUUAAUUAAUAAAAAUUACAGAUGUUCUGAAACUAAAUAGACAAAGUCUUACUUAUUGUUUCCUUUGUUAAAAAUUCACCUCCCAAUUAUAUUGAGAAUGCAUGUCAUAUCAUUUGUAUCAUAUUACAGUAGACUGUCAGUACGAUAUUCUUUACUUCUUUUGGAAAUUCGUUUCUUUUUCUGUGAGUUUUCAAAACAAUUCAUUUAAAUCGAAGUAAUUCGUUUAACGUUUGCUUACCUUAUCCACAGAGUGCAACACUCAAUUUUUAGUUAACUACGACUAAAUUAUAAGCUUUUAAAUAGACUGACAGCUUUUUUACUCAAUGCAUUUUGUUGCAAAUGCUGAAAUUAUUUGAUUUAAGAUGUAAAUAAGCGAAUUAAAGUUUGAAUGAAUUAUGAAGUUUACUAAGCCC